UUAAAUCCCCUUCAUCGCACUGCGCUUCGUUUACACUUUGUGCACUCGGAACGAAAUAAUUUCCGAGGUUCAUGGAAGAGAGAGAGGAAGAAAGAAAAUCUCUCUUGUCAGAAAGUUUGGAAGAAAAUUUAAAGAGAUGGAUUUUUAUUCUUGGGAAAACGCGCUGGCCUAUCACACGUUUAGCAGUACUGCACCGGCGCUGCUGUCUGUGCUGUCCACCAGUCCACCACUGCGAGCCGCAAGCGAGAGUGCGACAGAGUGCGAGAGCACGUGAGGUGAGGGACGUUCUGACGCCGUGCAAGUCAGUGCAUCACGUAGAAAUUCCAUCUGAUCCCGAUCUGAUAGUGUCUCCUGUGUAUCUCAAGAAGAACAUUCUGGAAGCCGUCCGAUCGCUGUUUGGAGAGGAAGGAGCCAAGAGUCCUGUAGACAUUCUAAAGCUCUCUCCUGAAAAGCGUAGAUUUGUCCUACGCUGUCCAGAUAACAGUUACGUCCGACUGCGAGCGAGUCUGACUCUGAGUACAAAGUACGAGGGAAAGACUUGCGUGUACACGAUUCAUCGAGCAUCGCCGAAUUUAUUGUCGUUUACUGCCGACAGUAGGACGUUCCAGCACGGAGAUAGUCCCUCUUGAUUCUUCGCCAUGCCACUGAUACGUAAAGAGGGCAAGGACACCAUUAUCUUCGCGUCUAAGGAGGAUCAUGCAGUACCCAGCAAA